AAAACAUGUGCCUCCUUCCUUCCCAUCGUUUUCUUCGUUGCUCUUCUACCAAUUUCUGCAUCUCCACUGUUCAUGAUCUCUCUAUACAAUUUAUAGGGAUCAAAUAAAUUGAAGGGAGUGAUCGUCGCUUUGGCUGCAGUUGCAGAUUCAUCUUUCUCAAACCGCCACUGGCCCCCCAAAUUCAAAACCAUACGGCUGUUAAGUCCUUUAAUCCUGGCACGUUGGAAGAUUAGUUUGUCUGAUGUGGAGUGAGCCAAUAUUUGUGUGCUUGACUUCAGAUUGGUUUCAAGUUAUCAUGAAUUUAUUGUUGUUUGAAUACAUCUCAGUUGGUAAAGGGUAGAUUCUCUAUUUGUGGGGACAAAUCAAACAAAAAAGGACCACGAUGUAAAGAUUUUUCAUUUUUCUUCUUCUUUGUUUAUCUUUUACAUUUUCCAUACUUGACAGUUGGUUAAUCCGAUGAAUUAUGAAGCUCUUAAAUAUGCAAAGAAGGUCUGAUUUUGAUGACUUGAUUCUCAAUACAUUGAUGUUGAUGUUGAUGUUGACGGUGUUGAUAGUGAUAAUGCUAACACUUCAUGACAGUAGGCAAUCUUUAUUUUUAAGUGUGUUUCUCGUUGAUAAGAUGGAGUUUUUCGUGUCAAUUUCUAUUAGGUAAGCUUCUGGUGGAAAAUUUUAUCAGCUGUAGUUAGUUAGAGAUCCACUGUAUUAAUGGUUCUUUUACAGCUUACAGCCUGUACUUAUGUUAGAAAUGCUUCAUUAAGAAGUUAAGAUUGAUUGUGCUGUUCCUGUUUUCAGAGUAAGGAUUGUGACGCCUUGAAGAGUUUCAAUAAAAUUAGAAUUAGAUACCAUCGUUUCCCAUAUUCAUCCCACUUUAUGCACCCUAUGAUGGAAUCUUUGGGAUCGCUGCCACAAUCUCCAAUAACAUAAAGCAUAAAAAUGUUAAUCUGCUUUUUUUUCUAGCUUAUAAGUCUUCUUGGUUUUCUUACCAAAAAGUUAUUCUCUUACUUUUGUUACCUCCCGCUAUGUCUCGUCACAAUAUAGUUAUGGUAGUCUUGGUUUACCUGAAUAACAAAGAUGAAAAUGAAUCUUUCUACUGUUGUUUUCAGGUUAAUCUAGCUUCAACUUCUACCACUACUGUUUGAAUUGUUUAUGGAGAAACAGAGUAGUAACCUUGCAACUCAAUUGAUUGAAGGUUUGUGUAGUUUUCUGCGCAGAUGUAUUUGUGCAAUUCUUUCUGCUGGUUCUCUUCCAAGGCAUGUGGCAUUUAUCAUGGAUGGAAAUCGAAGAUACGCCAAGAAGGAAGGCUUACUUGAAGGAGAUGGGCAUAGGGUUGGAUUCACAGCUCUUAUGAAUAUGUUGAAGUAUUGCUAUGAGAUGAAUGUCAAGUAUGUUACAGUGUAUGCUUUCAGCAUUGAAAACUUCAAACGACGUCCAGAAGAAGUUCAAUCCACUAUGCAGUUGAUACAGGAAAAGAUUGAAUCAUUGCUUGAGAAAGAGAGUAUUGUCAACCAGUAUGGAGUGAGAGUGCACUUCAUUGGAAACCUUAAACUUUUGAGCAAACCCGUCAGGCUCGCUGCUGAAAGAGCUAUGAAUGCCACUGCACAUAAUUCGACGGCCACGCUUGCAAUAUGCAUUGCCUACACAUCAACAGAUGAAAUAACAAAUUCUGUCGAAGAAGCAUGUAAAGUAAAAAUGGAUGAGCUAGGAGGGAAUGAAAUUGACAGCAAGGAGCUUCAUAUUGAUGUGGCAGAUGUCGAGAAACAUAUGUAUAUGGCAGUUGCACCUGAUCCAGACAUUAUAAUCCGCUCGUCCGGUGAGACUCGACUAAGCAAUUUCCUCCUGUGGCAGAGUGCAUCUUCCCUUCUUUACUCCCCAAGGGCGCUUUGGCCAGAGAUUGGGUUUUACCAUUUGGUCCGAGCAAUCUUGGACUUCCAAAGGAAUGUCACUUCUUUGGAAACUAAGCUGAAACAGAGUUAGAUUCGCCAGUUUCUGCACUUACAACUGCGAAUCCACUGACGUUUCCCCAUGAUGAUGAAAGAAGUUAAAUUGGUUUGGCUUGAAACCCGAAUCUUGUUGUACAAUUACGUUGUUGUUAAUUGUUAUGAUGCUAGUGUAUUUUUCUCUAAUCUAACUAGUGAUUAUGGUGUUUGA